AUGGCCUUUGAUCCCUUUGGAGGAUCCCAGAACGAUCACCAAUGGGAUCAUGUGUUUCGCCAGACGGGUUUGGUUGGUUCAGCAAUUGUUUUUCACAAUGGCGAUGCAACCAACGCCAUCCAAAGCCUGCCGCCCAAACAAUUCAAUGAUGCUUUGGCUGUGACGUUUUGUACUCAGUUGCAAGAAGCACAAGACCAGCAAGAGGGGCAAGUUGCAGUUCGUAGGAUUGCUCAGUUUCAGCUUGACAAAGCAUUGUUUGUGGAUCAAGCCAACUGUUUGCGAGACACGAACCCAGUGUAUGCUGAGGGCGUGACUGAGAUCAACCGAGACCUGUUGACUGAGUGGGUGGAUCAACAAGUCCCGCAGCCCAUUUUGGAUUGUGUGUUGACAGUUCCAGUCGGAGAAGGAGGUCCUGGAGUGAUGCGUCAAGAAGGUCCGGCGAAUGCCACAAAACAACGCACGACACCGGAUGAAGAUCCCGUGCUUUUUGCGAUGGAGUCUGAAGUCUCUGAUUUCAAUAGCAAACGAUUGGACCUGUCCAAUCGCAUUGUGGUGCUUUUACAAAAACUGGAAGAGCUAGAAGCAGCGGGCGCACGAUCUGUCGCUCUUGAAAUGGAAGCCUUGGUUGAGGAUGAAGGAUCGCAGUGGGUGGAUCAGGCUGGUCGAAAGCGCAUUUUAGAAUUUUGCAAUGAAAUUCAUGAGUCGUGUGAAAAGGUGUCCCACGCAGGCAUGAGGACCAAAUUGGAAGAAGAACUUCGUGAUAUUGUGGAGGGCCGGUCCAGGUGGCUUCUAAAAAGUGAGACCAACAGUAAUGGAGAGCCCAGCUUGGCUGAAGUCGACGUGACGACGGCAAGCGGUGUGGGAGCCGAAGUCGACGUGACGAUGGCGAGCAGGGAGCGAUCCGGCCAGGUAGAUCGCAGUGGACCUGGACAUUUGGUGGUGGCUCGAGGCAAGAAACCACUCAGUCUUUUGGAUUGGAAAAUUUGGACCAUGUCCCGGCCACGCUUGUGGCGAUAUGGUGAUGCUGCGAACUUGUAUCCUGAUCGAGAGGUACCUUUGGCCACCCGGGAGUGGGCUGCAUGUUUGCUUUUGCGGGAGGAAUUGGAAUACAGUUUGAGUGAUGAUGUUCACGAGAGUCCUGUGCAAAAUCGUUUUAGUGGCGAUUGGAUGGCCUUGCACAUGAUAGCCACAGUGUCCCGCUUGACGGACCAACAUGCGGCAACCUACAAUUUCUUGAAGAAUGGUGGCAUGGUGUUUGCUAAGACUCUACGAGGAUUGUCUGCUGAAAAGUUGGCGCAGGCAGCGAGAGUGAGCAAAGAUGCGGGUGCGUCGUUGCAGCAGUUGCACACCACCCCGGGCAUACCUCGAGAGUUCUGCCGUCAUGAAGGAUGUGCCUACAUGGAAACCUUCGGUCCGCCGAUGAUUUUCGUCACUCCAAACGUUGCCGACAUUCAGCACCCCUUGCUUUUGAUCGUGCAAGGAGAACAGAUUGACCUUGGAGCGGUCAGUGCUGACAUGGCGUCGACUUUGCCAAAAUACCAAGAUAUGCUUCGGCGGCUGCGUGCCGGGAGUGGUGCAGCGACGGUGUCGCUGCGGCAUGGCAUGGUUGGGCCGGUUCUUGCAUUUCGUGGCGAAAUCGAAGCUCAGGGUCGUGGGUCUUUACAUCCCCACAUCUUGGUGUGGUUGGUUUGUGGUCACCUGGAGGUCUUGAGUCAACUGACGGAAAUCUUGCGCACCAAGCAGCACGAACUGCGACAACGCUUGAAAGAAUUCAUGCAAUUGGCGGUGACAAGUUUUGAAUCCAUUUCGCAUGCUUCUGUGCAAGCGGCUCCACGUUGUGUUGGAAGUGAUAUUUUGGAUGCACCUGUCAAGAUCACGGAGGUGGCGCGUGAUCUCUUCAGGGGUGAUGGUGGCUCGGAUAAGGAACUGCUGGAACAAUUCAAAGAGAAAACACCUGAACAAGAAGAGUAUCUGCUGUGGAUUUCUGAGGAAGACUGGCGGCGACCCAAGUUCCAAGUGGAAGCAACAACAACAGGUAAGCAGAGCAUAUUUGCAACACCCAUCAACCAGCUGUCGGUGGCGUCCACUCCAAAGUAUCGUUUGCGGUCAUUGCUGUGUGAUCCGCAUGUGCCGGAAUUGGAUGCGGAUGCUUGGCGGACUGCAUUUUAG